CUUGUUUUCACCUCAGUUUUACCUCAAUAACAUUUAUUAGUAGAAUAGUGAGUCAGUGAUCACGUCACACCGAUAGAUCCUCCAAUUAAUUGCUCCUCCACCACUUCGAAAUCCUCUGGGAAUUUUUCAUUCACGUGAAUAUGAGUGCUGCAUCCCAGUAUGUUCGCCUGUCAACAGGAUUCAGCAUGCCUCUUGUUGGAAUCGGCACCUUCAGAGUCACUGGACGAGAGAAAAUUUAUAGUGUGCUCGACGAAGCUCUGGACGUGGGGUACAUGUCGAUAGACACCGCAGCUGUGUACAGGAAUGAAGAGGAUAUAGGUUAUGCCUUGAAGACACUCCUAGAUAAAUACAACAUCGAGAGAGAAGAAAUUUUCAUAACAACGAAGCUAUCUCCAAGUGAAAACGGAGACCCCAAGAGAAUCCGCGAGGCUGUGGAGAAGUCCCUGAGGGCCCUCAAUCUCUCCUACAUCGAUCUGUACCUGAUCCACUGGCCUGGAGCCGCUGGAAUCCCCGAGGGGGACAUCGACAACAUUAAAUUGAGGGCCAAGACCUGGGAGGCACUGGUGGACCUCAAGUCUCAGGGCUUCCUGAGGACGAUCGGGGUCUCCAAUUACAACAUCAGCCAUCUCGAGAGGUUGAUGCAGGACUGUAAAGGCGUUCGACCUGCAGUCAACCAAGUGGAGUUGCAUCCCCAUUAUCCUCAACGAGAACUAGUAGAAUUCUGCGAUAAAGAGGGGAUUCAUGUGCAGGCGUACUCCUCUUUGGGGACCAGCACUGAUACCUCACUCUUGAAGGAUCCAACUGUUUCUAGAAUUGCUGGGGAACUCAACGUCUCUCCAGCCAGGCUUCUGCUGAAGUGGGCUCUGCAGCAGGGAAUAGGCGUAAUUCCAAAGGCAGUGCAAAAAGACCACAUUCGUGAGAAUUUCCAGUUGGAUUUCGCCAUUCAUGCUGCCCAAAUGGCCCAAUUAUCCUCACUACCCCGACGAAAAUACGCGUGGAACCCUGACAACGUAGUUUAAUUACCCAAAAGAAUGAGA